AUGAAAAACUUUUCUUUAUACCGAGAUUAUCAUGUAACUGUUCAAGUUAACAUCUGCGAGGCUGUUUUUGACACCCGUGAAAUUACAUUUGAAAAUUGCCAAAAAAAUGAAUGGUGGAUAAAAAACAUUUCCCCUUCAUUGCCGAUCGAUAACAAAAUAAACUUUGAGGCUGAAAUAGGAAUAGGUGAAAUUUUGGUUAAUUGGACGCAAAACGGAACGAAUUUGCAUACUAUGAGCGUGAAGAAAUUGAAAAAUGGGUGCGUGAAAAAUGUACAGACUGUCGGGGGUGAAAAAAAAAAACCCCUCGCUCCUGGCUCAGUGCUGCAGCCGUUCAUUAAAAGCAUCCCGAUGAACCCCGCGUUGACUAAGUAG